AUGUAUGCAACUCGUACCACUGAUGAGAAAGUCGCAAUUGUACGACUUUUUUCAAAGUUUGAAAAUGCAACUGACGUACAAAGAGUAUGGACCAAUUAUUUUGAUACAACUCCACCUCAUCUGACCACAAUUUCGUCAAUCAAUAAAAAGUUUGAUGAAUUUGGAACAAUUGAAAAUCUACCGCACAUUGGCCGACCGUCAAGUGUACUCUCUGAAGAAAAACUAGACGAAAUUGAAGAAAGAGCCACUAGCAAUCCACAAUUGUCUAUUCGUUUAGGUGCUGAUCGAGCUGGUAUAAGCAAAAGCAGUUACCAUGUGGCAAUGAAACAACUUGGCUUUAAACCUUACCGUCCUACCUUAGUGAUCGACCUUAAUGAUGAUGAUUUCGAUCGUCGUAGCGAGUUUUGCGAAUCAUGGAUCGAGAAAUUCGAAGAAGAUCCCAAUCUAAUCGACAGUAUAUUUUGGAGCGAUGAAGCCAAAUUUAAUAUGAAUACAAGCGUCAAUCGACAUAAUUGCACUUACUGGGCCAGAGAAAAUCCACACUUCAAGUUUGAAAUGCCAAAUACGCAACAAGGAAUUAUGGUUUGGUGCGGAAUAAGUUCUAAUGGACUCGUUGGUCCAUAUUUUUUCAAUGAUACCGUUACUGGUCCAUCGUACAAAGAAAUGCUGGUUAAUUAUGCAUGGCCUCGGUUGAAGAACAAAAACUUUUACUUUCAACAUGAUGGAGCAGGAGCUCAUUAUUCUGUUACUGUUUGA